AUGGCUGACGAUGAUUUGAAUCUGUCCUCGCUACCCCCAUCGUCCAGUGCCACCUCCGCGUCCCACUUCUACCCUUUUGCGACAUCCCCGGACAUCAUCCGUUCCCAUGAGAAGGACGUCUUCGUCACAGCCAACUUGGUAAAUCAGGCGCAGUCUAUCAUCCGCUCAAUCAAAGGAGCACGUUUUGCGCAUACCAACGCGGACGCGAUUAAGAACCUAACGGAAAUUCUAUACCUAUCCCUGACAACGCUUAUCGGCAAUCGCACCCUGGGAGAGGAGUAUUGUGAUAUCGUCCAGGUCGAAGAUGACACGCUCCAGCUACCCUCUUUUGCCCGACGGGCUGGAUAUAUCUUGAGCAGCAUUCUUGUCCCUUGGUCCCUUCAGCGUAUCCUCCCGGCCUUUCGACAGCGGCUGCGUCCGAAGCUGGAACGUAGCAUCGCCCGGCAGGAGUGGAAAGCUCAACAGCAAUCCAGCGUCUCCUUUCCUUCUAAGAAAACAAUUCAUAAGAACCGACCCAUAUUUACGAAACUACGCAUUCAGAAGUAUCUUCUCGAGCAUCUAGACUCGAUCACGUCGCUCUCUCCCAUCUACGCGCUCAGCAUCGCCGCCUUCUAUUUCACGGGCUCCUACUACCACCUGUCUAAAUGUUUCUGGGGUCUUCGAUAUGUCUUCACCAGGAAGAUGAACGAAAGCGAACGACGAAUGGGAUAUGAAGUACUGGGGGUUCUCCUUGUGCUCCAGAUUUCAGUGCAGACCGUCCUGCAUAUCAAGAAAGUCGGCGUAUCGAUCCAGGAAGAGGAACAAGCCGCGCUCGAACAGAGAUCCGAAUCUUCUCCUCGAAAGCAACUAGCGGAUGCCCUGAUUCCUUCAAUUCAAAACCCCCCUUUCCUUCCACUCAUGCCGUCGUCAACGCCUCGCUACGAUCUCGCCGAGAACCCGAAUGCUAUUCCAUGGAUACCCGCGGGCCAACAGCGCAAAUGUACCCUAUGUCUCGAACUUCUCAAAGAUCCGAGCGUCACUACAUGUGGCCAUGUCUUUUGCUGGAUAUGUGUUCGAGAUUGGGUGCGUGAGAAGCCCGAAUGCCCUCUUUGUCGACAACAAGUUCUUUUAUCCAAGGUGCUUCCUUUACGGGGUUGA